AUGAGGCUCGCUGCCGUGGUGCUGGUCCUGCCGCUGGCUGUAUUGCCAGGUCCUGCUUCUGCGACGAGAGCUGCUCAGACAGACACUGGCUCAAGCAAAGUUGCUACUUCACAUGUAUUGUCGGACCUCACUUCGUCACAGGCUGACAGUUCCAUCGUCACCGAGGCGAAUUCCGCUCACGAUAGUUCGUCGACGCAACCUCAAGGCUAUGCUGAUCUUCCGGAGGACCCGGUAUCCCCUGCCCAGACUCGCACUCUUGCGAUGCCUCCUGAGCAUUCACAUGAUGCUCUUACGAAACCGCUGCCACCUGGACAGCCGCACCCGCGUCCGCUGUCGAGCUUUCGACCCAAGUACUCGAAUACAACUACGAGACUCGAGCAAUCUGCGCCAUCGCCCACCGUUGAUAACUCAGCAGAUGGCUCAUUCAAGAUUGCCAUCACCUCGGCGCCCUUUUCUGCUGGUCCUCUCUCGCACGCCCCAGAACCCUCCGGAUCCCCAGAACAGUCAGCCUCGCCCAGACGCCGUCUCCGGCCCCCGGUAUUUGCGUCACUCAACCUGACUAGUACGACAACGAACCUGGUGUAUAGCAGCGAUCUGCAGUCCUCCACUGAGACAGCAGAUGACUGUUCCGCGCCUGCCAGUGAUUCCAAACCGACAACAUAUCUCAUCGUCUUUACCGCAACGACGACGUUCUUCGGCGACCCCGCCGACUAUGUGCCUCCCUUCCCUACCAUUGAAACGCCUGUUGCAUGCGUAUCACCAACGCAGGCGCCACCUUACCCUGAGGAGGAGGCAGGGGAACCCGGUUUCGGGGAAGAAGGUCCCGGUUUGGGGGAAAACAAAAACGAACAGCCAAUGCUUACAACCUUUUGCUUCACCUCUCUGGACUGGGUAGCUUGUGCGACAGACGUUAUCCGACCUCCUGAGGCCAUUUCCGUCCCAGGCAACAAGGAGCCUGGUACUGUCACUUUCAUCACCACAGACAAGAAUCCCGCCGUUGUCUUUAGCCCGAUGACCACGCCCGACUAUGGAAAGGACACGAAGAAUCCGCUUGCCGGAGACCAUCACCCUGCCGACGAUACAAGACCUCAGAGACCUCGCCCGGCUGAUCCAGACGGACCGAAAGAUCUCCCUCACAUUGUCAAGCAGCCUGCUGCUAUAACUUUCCCAGUCACCUUGGAACCAACAAGAGUGAUCAUAGGCAACCAGACCUUCUCUUUACUGCCUACUCAGACAACAACAGUGACAGUGAGCGGCGAACCCUUCGAGAUCAACCCCGAUCAUGUUAUCGGGGGCGGCAGCACUAUCGAAAGGCCGUGGAACGGGGGAGACGGCAGUGGGUUCUGGAUCGGCCCAGGCGGGAACGCCGGUUCUGAAGCAGUUCGAAGUGGUGGGCCACCCGGGAUCACCGGAGGCCACGGACCAAACGGUGUGCCCUUGCCUCCUGCGGCUACGAUCAUCCAUGCAGCGACUGCGCAGGCUGUUGAAACGGAACAUGUGGUUGUUGGCGGCCAGAUGAUCACUGCCAUAGGCUCGACGGUUGUGGUCAUCCAUGAGACAACCAUCACCUAUGGGCCAGGGAUAGCAGUUCGAACGGAAGACGUAGAUGGCGGGACUGUCACCAUAGGGCCUAAUGGCGUCGUGGUCGAUGGGCACACCAUCGGCGGCCCCAGUGCUGGCCCGAAGCAGACGGCCUACGAGAUCGUCGGCGGUGUGACCAUCACACAAGUCGGCGCAUCAAUCGUGGUGAUUGAAGACUCGACGUGGACCAUCGGACCCAAUGCCCACACUACCUACACGACGGAGAUUCGGGGCGAGACGAUCACCAUCGCUCCUGAGGGCGUCACGGUCGAUUCGCUAAGCUUCACCUAUCCAUUUGGGCCGACGGUCGUCACAUCGAUCAAAGCUACUCCAACCGCGACGCUUACGGAUCCAUCAGCCUCGCAGACGCAGAGAAGCACGAACAACGGGGUCUCAAACGGUGGGACCGGCAAUGGCGACGACGGUGACGAGGGUGGUGGAAUAGGUUCGCAUGAGGCGCUCGGCGGAGCGUUGUACAACUUGAUUUUUUGCAUGCUGUUUGGCGUUUGGAACGUCAUAGGGUGUUCAAAAUGGGAGGGUGUUGGUUGCGCAAGGCGGCGCCGAUAA